AUGACGCUUUUGACGAUCCUGAAUAACCGUGUCAAGACAAAGAUUGGAGCAUCAAAACGGCGGCUACGGAAAGAUUCGAAUACAACUUAUCAAAAUCAAAAGCUCGAUUUCACCAUGGGUGUUGAUAUACAAACAUACAGAGCUCGAAUAGGAACGAACAAGUUUGCAUUUGGCUCCGAUGUGGUAACUUCAAACAUAUCAGUCAACUUGAGCCUUUUCUUGAAAAGCACAACGGUUUCUUUCUUCUUGGUUGUUAUGUGCCUGGUGCUGUGGUCAGGAGCCUUCGAGUUCAGUCUUAUAGAUGCCGUUCAUGUAGUUAAUGAGACGGAGGCAGAACGGAGUUUAAAGUUGCAAUUGCCAAGUAUAGAUGCUGUCCGAUAUAUAUCUGCCAUUUUGGGUCCUAUGUGGAACUGUAUGGUAUUAAAACAGAGAGUUGCAGGAUUGACGGGAGCACUUCUAUUUAUUGGUUUACUCUUACUCAUAGCGGGAAUAGAACCAAAUCCAGGCCCUAGACCAGAAUUUCCUAUGGUUAUUGGACUUACAGACAAGCUAAAACUGACAGUAAAGUGUGGCAAAUUGCAUGAAGUUCAAAACGCGUGCUUGUUGGUGGAUGAUGCAUUUCAAACGCACAAUCAAGAGGUUUUAAGGGUCCCUUUCCCGGUUUGGGAUGAUUAUAAACCAUAUACGGCGAAAAAUGUCGAAACGUUUGGAAAUGAUUUGAAGAAUGCCGUUGAUAAAGGUCUCACGCAGUGCGAAGAAAGCCCUUGUUCCAUAGCAGCAUUUUCAGCUAUCGCAGCAGGCAUCGGAUGUCAAGAAUUGUCAGAAGUUUAUAUUGGAUAUGGAAUCCUGGAAUUUCUCAAAGAGACAAAAGGCAUAUUACAAGAGAUUCAAAUUGUCGGAGAGGAUGAGAAGAUUUUAUUUGAUAUACACCAUUGUUUGUCAUACAUGGUGCAAUCAAAUACACAGCCACCUUGGUUUGACAUCUCCAUUUUCAUGACAACGGAUGUUGCAACUGCUGGAGAUGCCAACGUUAAAUUGACUGGGAGAGCAAGACACAGUUCCGUUAGUGCAGAAGUUAAAGCAGUUUUCGAGGAGCUCAGUCUGACUGAAAGACUUCGUCAAAAAAUUACGCUGAACGAAGCACUGGCUAUAGACAUGUCGAAGUCCGAAAAUCCGAAAUCUAACAGGGAACUAUCAGAUACGCCAUGGGCACUCCUCCACGAACUUCUUCACGGCAAUUGGGAAGGCAGAGAUAACGUACCUGACACACAGCAGGAUGAAACAGAUAAUUGGCUUGAAGAGAAUAACGAACAUGACUCACAAGCGGUGACUGAAAUGUGUGCCAUGGACAUAUUUAUGGCCACAUUUCAUUCAUGUGAUGGACUUUUGAAACAAGCACUUUUUAAGAAGAUGUAUCUGUGCAAACUUGCCAUGCCUUUUUUAUACCAUUCAGUUGAAACAAAUGCGCUUCAAGUUGCAUUAUGGCCUUUACAACAGUUUCCGAUUUCAAAUGAUAAUUUGGAGCAUUGCGCUUUAAACAUGGACACCAAAUUGAUAACAUUUGUUCGCCUUGGUAGGCCAAAAUUUUCAAAAUCAACGUUUCUCAAUCGCUUGAUCCAAAAUAGAAAUGACGCAUUCUCAAUUUUUUUUAACAGAGAAUGCAAGUCAGGUCUGUUAAGACGUGAUCUUUUUAAAAGAGUUGUCGAGAUAUUUUGGGAUACAUCUGCAAAUGAAAACACACUGGUAAAAACAUAUAUGAAUGUCAGAGGCGACUUUACUGAAGAAUUCAAAUCAAAAUCAACUAUUUGGAAAUGUUUAAUCCAAGCAACAGACUUAUUUGUUGUUAUCAUUGACCUUAACGAAAUGGUAAGCAAUUUUGAGAAUUAUAGCGAACUGCUCAUUCAAAUACCAAAAUGCGUAAUAUUGUUCUCUGAGCACAAUGAUAUCGGGAAAGAAACUAAAAACAGUAUUAAAAACAAAAUAAAAAAGUUAGGUUAUAAUCAUAAAGAUAAAUUUAAAGUAACUUCAACACAUGAAAACGGAACAGAAAGGGAAACUGAAAAACUAUUGAAAAAAAUGUGGACUAACAUAGCAGAACAUUUGAAAACAUGCCAUGCUGUGCUGCCGUUAGAAGUGAGAAUCAACACUUUUAACAAAAACAAUGGUCACGUAUUAGACGAGGAAGAAAACCAAGACUUAUUUUUUGGAAAGGAAUUAGCAAAAUGCCUGAUGUCUGACAUGACUGCGGAAGUUUGUAAGCAAAUACAUGGACAAACAAAUGAUAAAAACAGGUUUCAAAAUUGUAUUAGUGUUUUAACGCCAUUGUCGUAUUUAGAUUCUCCGGAAUUGAUGCAAACAUUGAGAUUAAAAAACCAUGCAAACGAUCGGCAUGAAAUAGAAAAGCAUAAAAACGCAAUAUAUAACAAACGGAAAGAAAACAUUUCGAAAAUUUCAAACAGCGUCCGACUUUUUGCAAAAUAUCUGGUGAGUACACGGCAUCAAAGCAUUCGACAAAAGUACUUCAUUGGUUGGCUAAGAAUUCUUAUUGAACAAGAAUUAUCUCAACUAUUAUGCGAAAAGACAAAGGAGAAAACAAACUUAUUAGACUUAAUUGCUGAAAGGAAGGGAAGUCAUACAAGACACGGAUCAAAUACAGAAACUUCUGAAAGGAAGAGAGAUCAUUCAAAACACGAAUCGGAUACGGAAAUUGAAAAUCUCUGCUCAAACUUAGAUACAAUUAUAAAACUUUCUUCUCUUUCAGUUGAGAAUCUUUUUCGCGAAAUCAGUCACGUCUAUGAUUCUAUCAGUGAAUUAGAAGAAGACCCUAGGAAAUAUUGUUUGCCAAGUAUACAAGAUUGUGUGGACACAUUUUCAAACUUAAUCAUAGAGGGCGAAACAGUCGAACUGAUGACGGAGUCCUUUUUCAUGCCACGUAGAUGGUUGCAAUAUGUUUUUAGAUCAUUAGACAAAAGGCUGCAUGUUCAUAACAUAAAAAUUAUUUCCGUCUUAGGGCUACAAAGCUCUGGUAAGUCUACUGUUUUAAAUACAAUGUUUGGAGUGCAGUUUGCUGUACGAUCAGGUCGUUGCACUACAGGAAUUCAAGCUAAGUUGCUUCCUGUGAGGCAACGCAACACAGAAAAUCAAGCGUCAGAUUACGUUAUGAUUUUAGACUCAGAAGGCCUUAGGGCACCGUUGUUAUCAGGUGUUUGGCGGCCUACUCAUCUAGAUAAUGAACUUGCUACAUUUGUCAUUGGAUUAGGAAACUUAUCGUUAAUCAACGUUAUGGGUGAAAAACUUUCAGAUAUGACAGACAUCAUGCAAGUUGUUAUACACGCUCUUCUUAAAAUAAAAUCGUCACAAAGUCGCGUCGCUCUAGGCAAAGAAUGUUUAUUUAUUCAUCAUAACGUAACUGGCAGUUUUGCCGAUGUUUACACGAAAGAAGUAUACAAGGAUUUUGACACAACAUUAGAUUUAGUUGCCCAAAAGGCUGCCAAAUCAGAAGAGAUUUCAAAUAUUUAUAAUGCUAAAGAUGUUCUUAGUUUUGAUGCAGGAAAAGAUAUACACACAGUUCAAAAUCUAUGGGUUGGUGUUGAUUCUUUAAUGAGAAUUAGCCCUGACUACAGUAAGCAAAUUUCGAAAAUAAAAGAUACAGCUAUGGCACGUUUACACUGUUAUGGCUUUAAAUCCUUGUCAGAGUUGUCUCAGCUUGCGUCCGAUCUUUGGGAUGGUAUAAAUUCAGAAAGCUUUGCGUUAACCUUUCGAAGUAGCCUAGCAAUUAAAGCCUAUUUUCAAACUGAAGACCAUUUCAAACUCUUAAUCAGAAACAUAGGCUUCCAGAUUAGAGACGAACAUGUAAAUCAAUGUUUAAAAUAUAUGUCUGAAUGUCAUGAUGAAGAAGAAUUAAAAAAGAACAGCCAAGAAGUAGCUUCUUUGAUGAACGCAUUCAUCUCGGAGAAAACAGAUAGAAUAAAGAAGGAGUUCAUGGACGUUUUCAAAGAAGAACGGCAGAUGGACAAUGUGUAUAACUGGAGUUCAUUUUAUUCACCAAGAUUCGAAAACGAAUUUAAGGAAUUGAAAAGACGUACAGAAAACGAAACACAUAGGUAUUUUGAUGAACAGUUGGUGAAAAUGAGAACAUGUGCAAUAAGUUCAUCUGGCAGAGAUAAACUAAGAGAAAAAUCUGCUGAGAUAUUUUUAUCCUCAAAAAGUUCUAGCGAAAAAAGGUCUGAAUUCGAUAAGAUAUGGCGAGAAUUUGAGAAUGAAAUUAAAGCACAUACCCAUUCUAUUCAAGUGGAUAAUUUGUACAACGAUUUCGUUUACCAGUAUAAACAAACAUGUUUGAAGCAUGCAUCCGCUACCAAUGAGAUUCACCAGCAGCGACUAACAUGGUCAUAUGGAGAAACAACUUUUUAUGGACGUCUGUCCGGUAAAGUUGGAAUAACUACAAACGAUUUUAACCUCUCAAAGAAAUACGUUUUUACAAGUUUAGUUUUUAAAAAGGAUUUUGUUCAUGACAUAGUUUUUCCUGGGCUAAAAAUAUUAGACGGAGAAAUUGAAAAGCUGAUUAUUGAUUUCAAAAAUAAAGGACGGCUACUUUCAUCAAGCGAUGUAGUUGACUUUUCCGAGAAAUUUGAAAAGUGUUAUGACAAUUAUGCAGAAAAGUUAAAGGAAGUUGGAAUAUAUGCUAAACCGAGUUUUUCGUCAAUAAUGUUCGCCGAUGGGUUUAACUUUGCUUUAGAGAAGUUUAAAGAGCAUAAUGUUCUGUACGAUUUAACUAAUGGUGUAACAUAUCAACUUAAGAAAUGUGAACUUGAAAUGUAUGCAAUCUUUGAAGAAGAACUUAAGGAUAGAUCGGACGAAAGCGCAGCGUCCGUUUUAUUUUUUCUUGAACUCGGAAAUUAUCUGAAAGAAGUUAUAGAAUCAAAAUUUCCAACGUCGUUAUGCAAACAUUUUCAAAUCAUACUACCAAACUCGAAGCGAAAGCUAAUUGCUAGUAUUUGUCAAUUCAUUGCUACAACUGUUGACCUCAAUGAAGUUUUUGAUUACGCCAGGGAUCCGAAACAAUUCGCUUUCGAAUGGUUCAGACGUGAAUGCUCAGGCUUAUUUGACAAGACACUAGGAGACGAAUUAAAUUGUUAUUUUACAGAUAUGGAAAAGGAUAUUAAUAAUUCUCUUAUUUAUUGCCAAAACCAAUGCAAGAAAAGGAAGGAACUUCAGACUUACGAGUGGUUAGAACAUUUUGAAAAGGAAUUCAAGCAUGUACCAAUCGAUCAUAGACGAUUCCAAGGAUUUCUAAACAAAAAUUAUUUCAAGAGCGCAGAGCAUUUUACCACAGCAGUAUUGGAGGUAGAACAAUUACAUAAAAUGUUCAACUCCAUCGAGGAUAAUCUGCGAAUGAAAAUUACAAAAAAAAAAUUCAUUGAAACUAUUGAUUUCCGUAACAUGUUCGAUGAUGUUUGGGGUUGUCCUGAAUUGUGUCCGUUUUGCCGCGAGCCAUGUGUUAAAGGAAAGGACCACACACCUGAAUCAAAACAUGAAUGUCUGCAACACAAACCUCCAAGUUUAAAUGGCGUUCAUGACAAAUACAAGCGAAAUUGUUUUGAUGUUUGUAAUUACGAAGUAGCUUUAGGAACAAGUACUUUUCGUUGUUCUGAUAUUAAUGGGGCAUGUGGCUGCACAAAAAGUAUAUUGCCAGAUAUCUUUGCGGUUAUGUUUUCAUUCUUAGGAAUUCAGUCCGGUGAGUUCCACUUUUAUAAGAAAUACACCGAGCUCUUCAAACGUUGGGACAUAAAGCCUUCUAACGAUACUGAAGAAUGCUCAACAUUCUGGGCGUGGUUAUCUGCUACUUAUUACGACAAGAUUUGUGGCAAACUCGUUGGCCAAUGUGAAAAUAUUCCAGAACGAUGGAAGAGAAUAUCAAAGGAAAAGGCAAUAGCAAGUUUAUAUGAACCUUUCUUGUAAAUCUUGACACAAUCAAACGAUUACUGUCUUUCUACAUGCAUAGACCAGUAAGUUAAGAAAGGAAGGAAAAUAUGACGAGCAAAUAAUCAAAUGAUGUAAAAAAGUAACGGAAAUAUAUUAAGUAUGGUAUCAUUUAUGAAAGAGAACAAUUUAAUUAUGAAGUGUGGCUGACGUAUAUAUAUAUAUACAGGACUGUUCAAUUUAAGUCAAUAUGCACCUUUAACAAAAAGAAAUAAUACUAAAUGAAUUCAAACAAAAAGAGAGAUAGUGCUAUUUUUCGCCUUAUACUGUUUACAUUUGAAAUAAUUACUUUUCACUAACAUAAAUUGAACUGUUUUGUUAUCAUUGCAGAGCUUAUGUCACUGCAAGGCUAUAUGUAAAUGCACAUAUCAAACAAAUGUUGCGAGGUUUUGUUGUAAUUAUGACGGCUUUCACUGUAAUUAUAGAUUCUGUCGAUAUACUAUUUUUAAGACUUUAUACUGGAAAGCUUCGUAUUCGAACCCUAUGGUGUGUCAUGACUUUUAGUAAACUAGUACUUUCGUUACCAUUUUUUGAUGUUGUAUAGUUCUAAUUUAUAGAUUUUUUAAAUUUUGAAUGUUUUUAUUUUGAUGACUUUAAAAUCGUUGUUAAUAGGUAGUAUUAUGAUUGGGUGACAUGUAAAUUACAUAUUGAAUAUAUCAUUAAAAUGUUCGGUUUCUCCGAUAAUGAUUUUUAACAUUUUAUGUAAUUAGUGUGACCGAGUGUAUUUCGCUGAGUGUAUGUUGGGCGUUGAUGAUUUUGUCUAUUGUUUUGAUUGUAAUGUUCGGAAUUAUUGUGAUAAGAAUAUUGAAUUAAAUGUAUCAAAUAAUUCUGAACAUAAUUGGUAACAAAUUAAAUAAAGGUUAAUGCUAAAAAUAUAGUUUAAAUGCAUUAUUGUGUUUGUGAUAAAAAUGCAUAUGAUUUAGACAAAAACAUAUCAAUUAAAAAUAUAUUUAUAUAGGCUAAUAUUGUUUGUUAUCUUUUCAUAUAUAUGAUGUUUAAUUUAUCAAGAAGUCAAAUAAGUUUAACACGAUAAUGCAUUAAAUUUAAAAGACAUAUUAUAUAUUUGCAUCAAACUAUAGUGUGGGCAUUAACAUUAAUAAACUUCAGCCGUUUUUUAUUUGUGGUAAAUGCUCGUUUCAGCCAACCAUCUUUUUAAGUUGAAAAUUUGACAAACAGUCGAAAAAGAGCUGUUUAAUAUAUGUUUAUUUUUAAUUGUUUAGUAGUUUUGCAUGCAAUCGUUAAAUAUAUGCUUGUAUUUGAAUUAGGUUUUUUCUCUCUUCCUUUUUUAAAAAAACAAACUGUUUUAUUGCUAAAUAAGGGAAUAAUUAUUGUGGUAAAUUAAUAAUCAAAAUUUAAUCAUAUUCGUGUUUUCUUCUGCUUUUUGUUGGAAACAUAUGUGCCCGAUUAUU